ACUGGAGCCGUGGAGAAGAUGUGGCUAACGUUCAUGGGAUGAAUUUGAUAUGUUUAAACUUCGUGCUUGAGGAAUUGCUGCAGUAUACACACGGGAGUCAAGGGCAAGAUGUUGGAGUCCUAUGUCACGCCGCUCCUCAUGAGCUAUGUGAACAAGUACAUCAAGAACCUGAAGCCAUCAGAUCUGCAGCUGUCUCUCUGGGGAGGAGAUGUCGUGCUCAGCAAGUUGGACCUCAAACUGGAUGUAUUGGAACAGGAGUUGAAGCUACCCUUUACCUUCUUGAGUGGCCAUAUCCAUGAACUGCGCAUCCAUGUACCUUGGACCAAGCUGGGCUCGGAGGCUGUCGUCAUUACUAUCAACACCAUGGAGUGCAUUCUCAAGCUGAGGGAUGGAGCCCAGGAUGACCAUGAGAGUGGCUCUAGCUCAACCAGUCGCAGUGCCUCGGACAGCUCCAAGGCUGUGGCUAAGCCUCGUCGCCUACAGCAGGCAGCCCCCAGCGACCCAGACCUGCCCCCAGGUUACGUGCAGAGUCUCAUCAGACGUGUGGUGAACAACUUGAAUGUUGUGGUGAACAACCUGAUCCUGAAGUACGUGGAAGAUGACAUUGUGCUGUCGGUCAACAUAACAUCUGCAGAGUGCUACACUGUGGACGAUAUGUGGGAGAGGGCCUUCAUGGACAUCGCUGCGCCAGAGCUGGUCCUCAGGAAAGUGAUCAACUUUGCAGACUGUACUGUCUGUUUAGACAAAAGAAAUGCUAGUGGCAAGAUCGAGUUUUACCAGGACCCACUGCUGUACAAAUGCUCCUUCAGGACGCGCCUUCAUUUUACCUACGACAACAUUAAUUCCAAGAUCCCAUCUGUUAUCAAAAUCCAGACCAUGGUGGAGAGCCUGAAGUUGUCUCUUACUGAUCAACAGCUGCCAAUGUUUAUCCGCAUUUUACAGCUGAUUAUUGCUCUCUACUAUGGGGAGAUGGGAGGAAACAAAGAGGGUGAAAGAGAAGAGGGCAGUGGUCAAGUCAGAGAGUCUGGAGGAAGUGUACCUGGGAUGGAUGUGGACAUGGAAAGCCAGGGGCCUAAUGUAGACAUACAGCCUGGGAGUCCUGAAGAUAUGGACCAAGGCUGGAUGUCCUGGGCAUGGUCCUUUGUCCCAGCCAUUGUAGGAGAAGAUGACGAAUUUGAGGAAGACCCCUAUCAGCAGAGAGAAAUGGGAAGCAUCUCUAACAGGCCCCAUCAUCAUGCUCAUAAAGAUCCCAUUGUUUCCAUAGGCUUCUACUGUACUAAAGCUUCUAUUACUUUUAAGCUGACAGAAACUCACUCAGAGAGCAGCUACUACAGUCCACAGAAGGUAAAGUCCAGAGAAGUCCUGUGCAUGGAGCAACAGGGAAUCACAAUUGAGGUGCUGAUGAUGGGGGAACCGUUUUUUGAUUGUCAGAUUGGCUUUGUUGGCUGUCGGGCCUUGUGUUCAAAAACCAUCAUGGGAGUACGAGAUUUUGAAGAAAACAUAAACCGAAGUGAAGAGGAUGCUGUGUUCUUCAGCUGUGGGGACAGUCUCAGUAGUAAAGGAAUGACUUACCUGACCAACUCUCUCUUUGACUACCGCAGCCCAGAGAACAACGGUGUCAGGGCUGAGUUCAUCCUAGAGGCUACCAGUCACAAGGAGACCUACACUGAGAUAGCGGGCAUGCAGCGCUUUGGUGCCUUCUAUAUGGAUUAUCUCUACACAAUGGAGAACAGCAGUGGCAAAGGCUCCCAGGACUUCUCAGUGGUUGGCAUGGAGGAGACAGUGCCCGUUGUCAAAGAAACAUCCAUCAAGAAGCUGGUGGUGGGACCUUUGGAUGUCAGACUGCACAGCAGCGCUGUCCACCGCAUCCUCAAGAUGAUCACCUGUGCCAUGGACCACGAGUAUGAGCCGUAUUGCAAACCACAGCCAGAAACCAUUGAAGAGAGCCAUCAUUCAACAAAUUCAGAGGACAUAUCAAGCUUGGAGGAAUUCAUCCCAACCCGACUCACUUGUCUCACUCUGCUCCAAGUCUCAGUCACUGUCUUCAUGGCAGAGUUCAACCUCCUUCAAGCACUAAUGCCUGUCAUCAUGGGACACAAGGCUGCACCGGGACCAGUCUGUGCGCCAUUGUUUCAGCCAGUGCGCCCCCUACCUUCAGUGCAGUUUAAGGUGGAGAGAGUUAAUGUCGAACACUCGGUGCCCAUGUAUGCCCCAGAGUUGGUCAGCACCAUCAGUAGCCUCAACCAACCUUCUGACAACCUUCUUCAUCACUGCUAUGCCCACAUCUACCUAAAGGUGUUUGGUUUCCAGGCAGGCUUGACAUGCCAAAACAGUUCAGGGGGUAUGCUGCCUCUUAUACCAAUCAUCCCUUCCUUUAGCACUGCUCUGUACGGGAAGCAGAUUCAAAUGCCUGCAUACUGGAGCAAAAGAUCUUCGGUCCCCACCACGGAGUGCAUAUUUGAGCUCCCUCACUUCACUGUCCAGGCCACAAGGGCCCAGACGCUUUUGCUCCAAGUGAUCUGUCAGAGCUGGACCCACAGCACGAUCAGUGGAACCCCACCGACACUCAGUGAAAGCCUUCUCAAUGAGGUGUACAGAGCACCAGGUGUGAAACCUCUGGGCCCGUCACCGACUCUCGAGGGCUCGGUCCAAAACCUGGAGCUGAAGUUCUGCAGCCGUGCAACGGUGAAAUGUGCCUCAGGAACCUUGGGAGCUGUAAAAGUGUGCGCCAGGACCCCAGGUUCAGGUGAGGGAGUGAAGGAGAAGUUGGUUCCUCUGAUUCAGGGGCCUUCUGACACCAAAGAACUCCAUAUGAGCCGCUGGCUCAAUGAGAUCCGCAAGCCUGAGUCUUUGCUAGCCCCAGACCUGCUGGCGUUUUCUGUUCUGGUCCCUCUGCAAGGAGACAGUUGCAGGAACUCAGGUGCAGUACUGCUGGUCAGUAUCCAGGGCAUAGCCAUCAACAUGGAUCCAGUCUUUUGCACAUGGCUGCUGUACCAACCAUACAGAGGAGGCAGUAGGCAAAAGAAUCAUCCAGGUCCAGCUUCAAUGGCCAAGAGGAGAGAGGAUGAGAUGUCAGUAGGGAGCACACCUUUGGCCAAACAGCCCUCCAAUCAAGCCUCAGACUAUGCCAGCAGCCCGGUCAAAAGCAAGACAGUCACAGAAUCACGUCCACUGUCCAUCCCAAUGAAGGUGAUGCCUGACACCACACCAGGAGAGACGCAGACAUCGUCAGAGGAGAGAAUGAAGGAGCUCAUUGCACAUGUCUGGGAUGCUGUUAAACGCCUUACUCUACAGUUGGAGCUGCAGUCAUGCUGCAUGUUCCUGCCUAAUGACAGCCUCCCCUCCCCGAGCACCAUCAUCAGUGGUGACAUCCCUGGCACCGUCCGGAGCUGGUACCACAACCAGGCCUCCAUGCCUGGGACUCUGGUAAUCUGCCUGCCCCAAAUCAGUGUCCUCAGCGCUGGCCAUAAAUACAUGGAACCACUGCAGGAACUUCCUUUUGUGGUCAACAAACCUAUCUUAGAAGAAGGUGAUGCCUUCCCCUGGACAAUCAGCCUGAGUCAGUUCAGUGUGUACACACUACUGGGCCAGCAGCGGAGCCUGAGCCUGCUGGAGCCUAUGGGCUGUACCUCCACUCUGGCCGUCACGUCUCAUAAGCCACAGACAUGCUCUGAAGGAAGGCACUCGUUUGUGGUUUGUCUCCAUGUUGACCUGCAGCCCGUCCACAUCAAGUGCUCCAACCCUCAGGUUCAGCUGUUGUAUGAACUCCUCCUGAGCUGGAGCUCUACGUGGGCUCGCCUCCAGAAGCAUGGCAUCUUACGUCAGACCUCCAACAUUCCAGAACCGCCUGCUGGUGCUGCACCAUCCUCACCAGUUCGCAGCAGUGCUGGCACUGCCCUUCCAGACACUAGCACCUGCAGCCCCUCCGCGGAUUUUGGCUCCCCCACUGAGGGUGACUCAGUGCCCACUGCUGACAACAGUCCAUUCGCCGACACAGUGACUUUGGAGCAGAAAACCAGCAAUAUUGGUGGUACCAGUGGGAAGGUCAGCCUUUGGAUGCAGUGGAUGUUACCCAAGGUCACGGUCAAACUGUUUGCUCCUGACCCAACUGCCAAAAAGACAGAAAUUUGUGUCAUCAGUGAACUAGAAGACCUGAGUGCCUCUGUAGAUGUCCAAGAUGUGUACACAAAGAUCAAAUGCAAAGUUGGCAGCUUCAACAUCGAUCACUACAUACGCAGGCCAGGGCAUGACUGGCACUCCGGCCACUAUGAAGGACUCAUUCUACAGUGCAAGGAGACAGCAGUGUAUGGAGGAUGGUGUUCGGAGCUCAGGCAACUGUGGAGGAGUGGUGCUCUCUUGCACUGACAAGCUGAACAGACGCACUGUGUUGGUUCGACCCGUCAGCAAGCAAGACUCUUUCAGCCA